AUGGGCCGUGAAGAGCCCGACGUCGAGGCGAGCGAGUAUGCGGCGCCGCCGCCGCCGCCGGUGUACGGGGACGAGAAGCGAAACAACAUGCGGGCGAUGGUCGAGGCGAGCCUGCACGACACGCGGUACAACCAGACGCAGCGAGGCCUCAAGUCGCGACAUGUCCAGAUGAUGGCGCUCGGGGGGACGAUAGGGACCGGCCUCUUUGUCGGCUCAGGCCAGGCGCUGGCCAUCGGCGGGCCUGCGUUCCUGGUGUCGGCGUACCUGUUCAUCGGGGUGCUCGUCUACCUGGUCGUCACCGCGAUCGCGGAGGUGGGCACCUACCUGCCCGUCCACGGCGGGACGAUGAGCUACUACGGCUUCCGGUAUGUGUCGCGCAGCCUGGGCUUCUCGCUCGGCUACCUGUACUGGUACUCGCUGGGCAUCCUGGUGCCGAACGAGAUCGUGGCCGCCUCGCUGAUCGUGGGCUACUGGAACGACUCGAUCAACAUUGCGGUCUGGAUCUCGAUCUUCCUCGUCGUGAUCGUCGCGCUCAACCUGCUGCCGGUCCGCUGGUACGGCGAGUCCGAGUUCUGGUUUGCCGGCCUGAAGGUGAUCAUGAUGCUGGGGCUCAUCAUCCUGGCCUUCGUCCUGUUCUGGGGCGGCGGCCCGUCGCACCAGCGGCUCGGCUUCCACUACUGGACGCAUCCGCGGCCGGCGAACGAGCACAUCGUCAAGGGGGACGCGGGGCGGUUCGUCGCCUUUCUCAAGUGCAUCGUCCUCAGCGCGUUUGCCUUCCUCUUCGCGCCCGAGCUGAUCAUCCAGACGGCGGGCGAGAUGGAGUCGCCGCGGCACAACAUCCCGCGGGCGUCGCGCCGCUUCUUCUACCGCCUGGCCUUCUUCUACAUCCUGGGCUCGCUCGCCAUCAGCGUCACCUGCCCGUCCAACGAGUCGUCGCUGACCCACGGCGGCGCGGGCGCGGGCUCGUCGCCGUUCGUCUUCGGCAUCAAGAACGCAGGCAUCGCGGUGCUGCCGGGGAUAGUCAACGCCGUCAUCCUCACGUCCGCGUGGAGCUCGGGCAACUCGUACCUGUACAUGUCCUCGCGCGCGCUCUACUCGCUCGCCGUCGCCGGGGACGCCCCGCACAUCUUCCGGGCGUGCAACCGCUACGGCCUGCCGUACAUGGCGCUGGCGGCGAGCGCGCUCUUCCUGCCGCUGGCCUACCUGGCCGUCGGCAGCGGCAGCUCGCGCGUCUUCAACUGGUUCGUCAGCUUCACCAACACGUCCGCCUUCAUCAGCUGGACGUGCUGCUGCAUCAUCCACUUCCGCUUCACCAAGGCCGUCCAGGUCCAGGGCAUCGAGCUCACGUACCGGUCGCGCUUCCAGCCCUGGGGCGCCCGCAUCGGCAUCGUCGGCUUCGUCCUGCUCAUCCUCAUCAACGGCUUCGACACGCUCUUCCCGCAGCGCUUCAACGCCUCGGACUUCCUGACCGCCUACAUCGGCAUCCCGGCCUUCCUGGUCGUCUACUUUGGCCACCGCUGGUACACCCGCUCCGACCCCUGGGCCUGGCGGCCGGAGGACGUCGACAUGGUCACCGGCCUGGACGAGAUCGUGGCCGCCGAGCGCCCCCUGCCCGUCCGCACCGGGUUCAUGAAGUACUUUAGCUACAUAUACGAGUAG